UCAUAUCAUUUAGUUUUAUUCUCAUGCAUCUGUUUGACUUUAUUGCUUGUUAGGUUGUGGAAAUUCAGAAUAUCUUUCAUCACAAUUUGUCUCUGCUUUUAGUUAAUUGAGAUUUGCAAUUUGACCAUUCUUCACAUUCCUUGCAACUGAGUUUAACUAUACAUGACUAGGAAAACUGGCCAUUAAAAGCAAGCAUAACACAUAUUAGUAGCCAGUGCAUUGUGCAUUUACUAUGGGUAAGAGUGCUAAUUCUUUAUAUAUAGAUUAUGAAAUCAUAUUAUCUCAUAUUGGAUCUCCUAUAUUUUCUAUUGCUGUAGGCCCUUUGUAUUUCUGGACCUGUUUCAGACAGCAUAAGCUGGCUUUUCGUUCCUAGUUGGGGUUUGGAAGAAGAUACUGUAAAUCUUGCAUUAUAAGAGAAUUAAUGGAACUGAAAGUUUCAUCUCCAAAACCAGAGUCUGUUGCACCAUCUGAUUGCAUCAGUGACCCUGAGGAAAAGGAAGUGAGUGAUGACGAUGACGAUGAUAGGAAUCAUAAACAUCGAAGGCGGGAAGCACGUUCUCAAUCUUUGGAGAGAGAUGUUUCAGAUCCUGUUAUUAGUAGGCCAUUCAGAAAGCGUAACAAAACUUUUGGUAAUAGGCAUCCUUUCAGGGAAAAUGAACCUCAAGCUUUUGAACCACUGAAAACUUACAGUGAUGCCACCACAGAUAAAGAAUUAUACUCCAAGUUUGAUAGAAGGCGCCCUGGCUUGACUUCAGUGCCUCGAACACCAUUGGAUAUGAAUCAAAGACUACGGGCAAACCAAUCUUUUACUGGAGAUCCUGGUGCUGGCAGGGGAAGAGGCAGGGAAUCUGGUUUUUGGAAUCAACGUGAAUCUAGGUUUGGCUCAAUGGAUGUUGCUUCACAAAUGGUUCAGCCAGGGUCCAUUCCUCCAAGCCUUUAUACUGGACGCGGGUUACCCAAUGUUUCAAAUGCACAAAAUGUAUCCUGGAAUACAUAUGGUUUAGUUCCAGCAGUGCCCAAUGGUGGCCUAGAUAUGCUUCAUCCAAUGGGUUUACAAGGAACACUCAGACAACCUAUUAAUUCAUCUUUGAAUGUGAAUAUUACUCGCCAACGGUGUAGAGAUUUUGAGGAACGUGGAUUUUGUUUGAGAGGGGACAUGUGCCCUAUGGAACAUGGUGUUAACCGGAUUGUCAUUGAAGAUGUUCAGAGUCUUUCACAGUUUAACCUUCCCGUUUCACUUCCAAGUGCACACCUAAUUGGAGCACCUGCUGGAUCUGGAUCUUUACAUUCAGUAAAUGCUUCAACUACUUCAAUGAACAACAAAUGUAUACCUGGAAAAAUUAGCAAGUCUGUAGUCAGUGAUGAUGGUUUGCCCUUGGAUGGUGCAUAUACUGGUCCUGGUUGCCCAAGCGGAGCUGAUCUUUAUGAUCCUGACCAACCACUUUGGAAUGAUAGUGGUCUGGAGUCUUCAAAUGCACUCCUAACUCUUCAGUCAUCCAAGAUUGAUGAAACUGAGCCCAUAUCUAAUGAUGCACCAGAUAGUGAUUGUCCUGCCAGAACUUGUGUCAGUUCACAGGGUGCCAGUUCAUCUGUCUGGGCCAGAAUUGGUGGUUCAAAAAACAGAUUUGACAUGAAAGAAAAAACUAACUCUACCAUGAGCUCCUUUCAAUAUCCUGAGAAUCAGUUAAAGGAAGAUAAUGAUGAAUUACUUGGUGGUCUCAAUGCUUCCUGUCAAGUAAAGCAAAACAUAGCAGACGAUGCUGACCCAAAAGCAUUGGAAGCCUCCUUGAAAGCACAAAGUGAUAGUAUGCGUAACAUACGUAAACCAUCACAAAAGGCAUUGCGUACUCUAUUUGUAAAUGGGAUACCACAGAAAAGUAACAAGAGAGAGUCUCUUCUUGCUCAUUUUAAGAAGUUUGGCAAAGUUAUUGACAUUUAUAUUCCAUUGAACAGUGAACGAGCUUUUGUUCAAUUCUCCAAGAGGGAAGAGGCUGAAGCUGCUCUGAAGGCACCAGAUGCUGUAAUGGGUAAUCGUUUUAUCAAGCUAUGGUGGGCUAAUCGUGAUAGCAUUCGCAAUGAUAGUACUACAGGUGGGAAUGGUGUAAUUGUAACCCCCCGUGGGCAAGCACCUGCUUUUGUUCCAUCUCAUCAAGUUGUCAGUGAUAGGGGAAAAGACAUUCAUCAGGCUGAUGCUUCAAAGACUAUAUUCGAAGUAUCAUCGCCUUCUGAUCAACCUAGGCCUGUCAUUGCCGAUGGACCCAAGGUUCCUCCUUUGCAAAAGAAGCUUGAAAACAUAGAGCAUCUAAAGGAAGAACUGCGCAAGAAGCAGGAAAUGCUGGAUCAAAAGCGAAAUGAGUUCAGGCGCCAGUUGAACAAACUUGAGAAACAAGCUACUGGAUUGAAGGGUGAAGUAGUUACUGAGCAAGCUGCCAAGAGACCCAAAACGGGCCCAGCAUCUGAUGUUGCCAAAUUGGCUUCUCCUCAGUCGUCGGAUGCUGAUGUGGGGACAUCUCCACAUGCAGAGACAACAUCUGAUAAAAAUAAACAGUUGGUCAAUACCGUAUCCCAAAGUCCUAGAGCAAGUACAGCAACAAGACUCCAAGAAUCUACAGGCUUGAAGCACCCAAUUCAACCAUUAAUGCCUGUAAAUAGAUACAAAUUAGACAAUCGUCCUGUCGCAUUUAGAAUCAUACCACCUUUGCCUGCGGGUCUGGCAAAUGUUGCUGUUUUGAAGGAACACUUCUUACCGUAUGGUGAACUUUCCGCUGUAGAGCUAGAAGAUGUGCAAGUCAAUGAUAGUAGUCAACAAGAAGCACAUAUAACUUUCGCCACUCGUCGGGCAGCUGAGAGGGCAUUUAUUAAUGGUAAAAGCUGGAAAGAACAUAAUCUGAAAUUCAUGUGGCUGAGCAAUGCCACUGGUAGUAGAGAACGUUCUCUAUCUGCUCCCAAGGAGCCCUUAGAUACAGAUGACCAUUCCGAAGAAAAAUUGGGAAACUCUGUGAAUCAAGAAGCCAUUAGUGGUGAGCAUAAAAACUCUGAAACUCAAAAUGGUUUGGAGCCUAUGGAAAUGGACCCGUGUGAAGAUCCCCAGUGUACCCCAAGGCAAGUUGCUUCUGACAAACAAUCACCUGAGGGCAAUGGUUGUUGAGGAUCUACUAAUGGCCAGAUUUGUACAGCGAGGUAAAAAUUUAAAUCUAUCAAACUCUAAUUUUCAGGGGCCUAUUUUUUCAAUUUCUGAAAAUUUAUUAUUCCAUGUUCCUUUUUUAAAUGCUCGAGACAUGUAAAUUUUCUUCUUUUUGGCUGCCCCCUGUAUUUGGUGGUAUUAAUUGAAUGGUGCAUCAUGUUGUUUCUGAGCUUGGAUAGUUCACUCCUAGGAUAAAAGUUUUGAUGUUCAAAAUUCUGUUAAAAGCCAUUGAACGGUUACAUAACAAAUAUUCGGAAACACCUUUCCCUUUAUGUUAUUAGUUAGUAAAAAUAUAAUUGAAGCGGUUAGUCGCAUAGUUUGAUU